AUGAAUUAAAAUUGUGUUUCAUUUGGGGAUUUAAUCGAAAAAAGAUAACUAAGUAAAAAAUCAGAAUUAGUAUCAUAAUUAUAUAAAUACUAGAGUUAAUAAAUGUAAGAUUAAUUGGAUAAGGAAGUGAAAUCAAGGUUAAUUUUGGCACCAAAUUAAAAAAGAGAUGUUGUAUAGCUAAGGUAAUUAAAUAAUAAUAAUUCAUUUAUUAGAUUGAAAUGA